AUGGCUUACUGCCAGGAGUUGGACUACAGCUCCGAGGAGGUUAGGUCGGUGGCGGGCGGCUUCGGCCGCUACGGCGGCGGCGGCCAGCAGCACGUCGUCAAGGAGAAGUUCGAGGAGGUCGACACGGUGUCACGCACCGGCGGCAGCGUCCAGCAACACGUCGUCAAGGAGAAGUUCGAGGAGGUCGACACGGUGUCACGCACCGGCGGCCACCACGGUCACCACGGCGGCCACGGCGUCGUGGUGCGCGAGACCAGGGUCGAGGAGGACUUCAACACCUGCACCGGCGAGUUCCACGAGCGCAAGGAGAGCUUCGUCGCCAGGGCUAACUGA